AUGACAUGCUAGGCCUAGCGAGUAAUUUUAAUCUCAUAUUUUAAUAAUUGAUAUAUGUUUUGUUUGGAGUUGUCAUAAUUAUUAUUUCAUUCACAAGUUAAAAAUCAAGGUUAGGAUCCACAUGCUCCGUAAAAACACAUGUGUUGAAAUAUAUUAAAAUCUUAUUGUACUCAGUGCAAUGGCAACAGGUCCAACAACUUUCAUAGACUCCCAUGAAGGUACUUCUCUGUCUUCUAACACCUUAAGGCCUAGAACACAUACGUGGCAGGAUUUAAGAAAUGCUGUCAAAGAGACGAGAAGGGUUCAGAGCUCCCUUGUAUUUAAAGUACCAACAGAAUUUGUUUUCAAAAAAUUGGUAACAGCGGAUGGUAUAAGAAGGAGGUUAUAUUUUCUUGGCGUUCCUUUUGGGGGCAGGGAAAACACGCUCAUGUAUGUGGACAUUCCAGGCGAUGUGGAUACAUUAGGUUGCGUGAAUUUAACCAAAUGGCAGCCAUUACUUGUGUCGUAUCAAGGAAUGACGUCAAAGGGAGGUUUUUCGAAGAUUGAGCAGCUUCUUAGGGAGCGGAAACGACUUGGGGGAUUUGGCAUCACGUCAUACGAUAUAGAUGUAGAGUCUGGACGAUUUCUAUUCAGUGCUGGUUGCAGUUUGUUUUAUUGUACAGAUAGCUGUUUUUCGUUGCAACCAAUUUUCCCGAAAGAAGUACACAGUUCUGUUGGAGGUAUCAGAAUGGAUCCAAAGUUAUGUCCAACAAAUACAGAUCUGAUAGCCUAUGUAUGCAACAAUGAUUUAUGGGUAUCUAAUGUAGCUACAGGAGAUGAGAGAAGACUGACAUUCACACAUAAAGGUCUUGACAGAAUAUCUGAUGAUCCCAAAAGUGCCGCUGUUGCUUCAUACAUAAUUCAAGAAGAGUUUGAUCGUUACACGGGUUAUUGGUGGCAGCCUAACAUCUAUGACGCAACAGAGCCAGACAAGAAGACAUACAGAAUUCUCUAUGAGGAAGUGGAUGAGUCUGAUGUGGAAAUUCUUCAUAUUGUCUCUUCUACAUAUGGCGAUAGUGGCGUGGACGAUUACAGAUAUCCCAGAGCAGGAACCAAAAAUGCAAGUGUCAUCUUGAAAAUGGUUGAAUUUUCUGUCAAUGCUGAUGGAUCGAUAAUCAAUGUUCAAGAAUUUAAACUUGUUGAAUCUCUCUGUCAGUUGUUCCCUCCAAUGGAAUAUAUUGUGCGACUCAACUGGACUCCAGAUGGAAAAAGCAUAUGGGCUCAGCUUCUUAGUAGGAACCAGCAGUUAACAAUGUUGGUACUAAUACCAGUACACUGCUUUGUACCCGUGCAUGAAAAUGAGGUGGUUGUUGACAGUGAGAAGCUUCCUAUUCAAGUUUUGUAUGAAGAAUACUCAGAAAUAUGGAUCAAUGUCCAUGAUUGCACUCAGUUUUUCCCUCAAACCAAAGAGGAAGAGGUUAGCUUUAUAUGGGCAAGUGAGGCCCAUGGAACAAGACAGCUGUUUCUGGUUACAUCAGCUCUAAGGUCAACUGGAGAAGUCCCUGGUAAUCUGAAACCAGUGAUACUAAAUCAUUGCCAGUUAACAUUUGGUGAUGGUGAAGUGGUUGGUAGAAGAGUUUGGCUAGACCCUGGACACCAGUUGCUCUACUACAUGGCACACCACCAUACUCCACUUGAGGAACACCUGUAUGUUACAUGCUACUCUUCUCCAGGCAGUCCAUUGAGACUAACUGAACUUGGAUCCAGUCACACAGUUUACAUGAGCGAGGAUUGUGACUAUUUUGUCACAAUCUACAGUAACUUAUCAAACACACCAGCAGCUACAGUAUAUCAACUGAAAGAGAGAAUCAUGGGCAUGUCACCAGUCACAGUUGGGCCUCUACUCCAAUCUACAGCACUUGGAAUCUCCUAUAUCCCACCUGAACUAGUCAGCUACAAAAACUCUGCUGGUGACGAAGUAUUUGGUCUCGUCUACAAACCGCACAAUUUUGAACCUGGCAGAAAAUAUCCAACUGUUCUAUUUGUUUAUGGUGGCCCUCAAGUACAGCUUGUCACCAAUUCAUACAAAGGCAUUAAGUUAUUACGGUUGCAUACAUUAGCUUCUUUAGGCUAUGUUGUGCUAGUGAUCGACACCAGGGGAUCCAGCCACAGAGGCCUUAAGUUUGAAUCCAUACUCAAAAACAAAAUGGGAACAGUAGAGAUAGCCGAACAGGUUGAAGGUUUGCACUGGAUUGCAGCCAAGAUGGACUUCAUCGACCUAAAGCGGGUUGCCAUACAUGGUUGGAGUUACGGAGGGUAUCUCUCCCUUAUGGGCUUAGCAAGGAGACCAGAUGUAUUUAAGGUUGCAAUAGCUGGGGCACCAGUAACAUGUUGGAAACAGUACGACACAGGUUACACUGAGAGGUACAUGGACACCCCUCAGAAUAAUCCACAGGGCUACCAGCAAGGAUCUGUACUUAAAUUAGUCAAGAAUUUUCCAAAUGAAGAGAAUCGUUUGUUAAUAAUCCAUGGAUUGAUUGAUGAGAAUGUGCAUUUCCAUCAUACAAGCCUUUUAAUCAAGGAACUCAUCAAAGCUUGUAAACCAUACAUGUUGCAGGUUUAUCCAAAGGAGAGACAUGGUAUAAGACAGCCUGAAGCGCAGGAACACUACGAGACAACUAUACUUAGCUGGUUAAUGCAGCAUCUAUAGAGCAAUACAGUAUAACAAACGGAACUGGGAAAGGGAAAUUGAUUAGCCUAGGCCUGAUCUUGUAGGGGCUAAGAGAAUCUUAACAACUUGGUGUGGAGCACAUCAGCCAAUUGCCCUCAAAGAAUCUUGGCUCCCUUGAAAAUACAUAUGGAAUGGUCUAAUUCUACUCAAAUUUUAUGAAUAAAUUUUAACAAUAAAUAAUACUCAGUGUAAUUAAGGAGGCUAUUAAUGUAAAACAAAAAGUAGUAAUUAUAUACCUUAGUUUUUUUGGUAUAAGCCCACAACUUACUUUCAAGCAAAAUGUUCCAACUGGGUUUAUAACACACUUAAGUAUAUCCUUGUCAUAUGAUUGGUUGAUUUCCUAUCAUGUGACAUUGAUUAUUUACCCCAUUUCAUCACUCAUCAUGGAAAUUUAGUUCCAGGCAUUUUUACUUCCAUUUGUUUCGCUCCAUUGCACAACACUUAGGAUACAGUAUGACUUCAACCUAAUACUGUACAAUAUUUUGAUUGGUUGAAAUGAAAAGAAUCUCCAUUCAGUCAAUCCUUCAUCUCAUGAAAAUAUUCUUCCCAUUGCUCUCAUAAACAAUCAUUAUUUGUAAGCCAUGCUAAACACCAUUGUACUUAAUUGAAUGGAAAUUUUGCAGGUUAUAAAAAGUCAGAGUAUAAUGAACCUACAUUGAAAUCCAUCAACAUGCCCACCAGGCCUAAAACAGGGUUACCUAAUCCUCAGCUCUUCUGCAAGAAUAAGCUAGAACUAUCUAGCAUUUUGACUGUAUGCCCGCUACUCUUUGUUUUUUAUAGUCCCAGUAUUAUAUACCCAGUUUUUAAAGGUGUGGCCUUAUACCCAAUAAACUACAGUAUGUAUUACAUGAACCUCAAUUUUAAGACAAGAUUAAAUAUAAUGUUGAAUAAAAACCAAAGAGGUUGUAGUGGAGGUCAUUUUAAUAUUUAAUAAAAUCAAAAUGAUAUAAAAAAGGAAAGAAAAUGUUAUAAUAAUCAAAAGAUUGAGCUGAAUAUGUAUGCAUCUUGAUAUUAAACAAUUAAAAACAUACAAAAUACAUACUAUAAUUAAACACUGAUAUCUUGUAGGUAUAAAUUUCCUUUCUGCAUGUAGAAUUAUCUUUAUGGUACCUUCAACAAAAUGUAAACCAGUAAUAUAUCAGUUGGAUCAUGCUAAAACAAGAAAGUCAGAUUUUUUCCCCCAAAAAACUCAAUGUACUUUGCUUAUCGUUGAACUAAAUAUAAACACAUUUGUUACUCGGACUUGUUUGUACUCCAAAGCUGUUAACCUAUAUUGUAAUUAUUGUGGAUAACUAGAUUUUUUUUUACUUAAUAAAGUAUUUCAUUUAUUCACGCUCAA